AUGGAUCUGGGGCAGAUGCCUGAGGCGCGGCGUGAGCUCGAAGCCGCGCUGCAGGUCCUGAGGCGGCAAUAUGGGGACGAUGACCAGGAGGUCGCCAGGACCAGGAGAAGCCUUGGGAGCGUCUUGUUCGACCUUGAGGAGCUGCCGGCGGCGCGAGAGCAGCUCGAAGCAGCACUCAAGCACUUGAGGCAGCAUUUCGGCGAGGACCAUCCAGAGGUCUCCAGAGCGAGGGCGAACCUAGGCAGCGUCCUACUGGGUUUGGGGCAGCUGCCAGAGGCGCGGCAGGAGCUCGAGGCAGCGCUGGAGGUCGACAGUCCGGCCAGCGACGGCCAGGACACCGCAAGGAUACGGCACACCCUCGGCCAAGUUCUGACGGACCUAGGACAGCUGCCCGAGGCGCGGCUGGAGCUCGAGGCGGCGUUGGGGGUCCGGAGGCAGCGCCUUGGGGAUGGCCACGUUGACGUCGCCUGGACCAGGGGGCGGCUCGGCAUCGUCUUACUCCGCCUCGGUGAGCUGCCAGAGGCGCGGCGGGAGAUCGACGCGGCGCUGAGGGUCAUGAGGGAGCACCUCGGCGAGGGCCACCCUGAGAUUGCCGCGCUCAGGAGCGGCCUCGGUGCCGUCCUCGCGGAGUGCGGGCAGCUGCAGGAGGCGCGGCGGGAGCUCGAGGCGGCCAUGCAGAUCCUGCGGCCGCACUUCGGGGACGACCACCUGGAGGUUGCCAGGGUCAGGAAGCUUCUUGGCACCGUCCUGAUGGACCUCGGGAGGCUGUCCGAGGCACGCCCAGAGAUCGAGGCAGCGCUGGAGGAGAGCGGGCAGCGCCUCGGCGAGGACCAUCCAGAGGUCGCCACGCUCAGGGGCAAGCUCGGCGCCAUCCUGAUGGAGCGCGGGCAGCUGCUGGAGGCGCGACGGGAGCUCGAGGCAGCCGCGAGGGUUCUUCAGCCGCGCCUCGGUGGCGACCACCCCGAGGUCGCUCGGAUACGGCGCGCUCUUGGUCGUGUGUUGGUUGACUUGAAGCAGCUUCCUGAAGCGCGGCGGGAGUUGGAGGCGGCUCUGCAGGCCAUGAGGCAGCACUUCGGGGACGAGCACCAGGAGGUCGCCAGAACCAGAAUUGACUUCGGCGCGGUCUUGUACGACCUUGGAUGGGUGCAGGAGGCUCGGCAGGAACUCGAGGCUGCACUGAAGGUUUCACGGCGGCGGUUCGGGGAAUACCACCCAGAUGUUGCCAGGUCGAGGAUCAUCCUCAGCAGCGUUCUGAAGGACCUGAAGGAGGUCCCCCAGGCACGACAUGAGCUCGAAGCAGCACUGCAGGUCGAAACGAAGCGUCUCGGAGACGACAACCUGAAAGUCGGCAGGAUGAGGCACAGCCUCGGGAUCAUCUUGCACGAUCUUGGCCUACUGCCGGAGGCAAGGCAGCAGUUCGAGGCGGCGCGGAGGAUCCAGGGGCAGCACCUCGGGGACGGUCACGUGGACGUCGCCGCGACGCGCGGGUGGUUGGGCGCCGUCCUGCUCGCCCUCGGGGAGCUGGCCGCAGCGGGGCUGGAGAUCGAGGCGGCGCUUCCCGUCCAGAGCCGCGAGCUCGGCGAGGACUCUCUAGAGGUGGCCACGCUACGGGGCAAUUUGGGAACCGUCUUCUUGAAGUUGGGGCGGCUGGAGGAGGCGCGGCGGGAAGUUCAGGCGGCCGUCGACUCGUUUGGGCGGCGCGCCGGGGACGACGACCUCGACGUCGCCAACCUCAGGAGAACAAUUUGGGCACCGUCCUGUUCGACCUUCGGGAGAUGCCACAGGCACGAGAGGAGAUAG